GACCGGAAGUCCGCGUCAUUCCUCCCAGCUGUGCAGAACCGGCUCAGACACACUGAACUUAUUUCAUCUGUAGAAAGACGAAAGAAACAGAAACUUUUGUUCCUUCCGGUCGGAGCAUGUCGGACGAAGCGACGCGCAGGGCCGUGUCUCAGAUCCCGCUGCUGCGGAGCCCGGCGGGCCCCCGGGACCGGGUCCUGUGGCCCCAGCGCCUGAAGGAGGAGUACCAGGCCCUGAUCCGCUUCGUGGAGCAGAACAAGGCCGCGGACAACGACUGGUUCCGACUCGAGUCCAACGCGGACGGGACGCGCUGGACCGGCACCUGCUGGUUCAUCCACGAGCUGAUGCGCUACGAGUUCCGGUUGGAGUUCGACAUCCCGGUGACGUAUCCGGACACCGCGCCCGAGGUGGCGAUCCCGGAGCUGGACGGGAAGACGGCCAAGAUGUACCGGGGCGGCCGGAUCUGCCUCACGGACCACUUCGCCCCCUUGUGGGCCCGCAACGCGCCGCGCUUCGGGCUGGCGCACCUCAUGGCGCUGGGGCUCGGACCCUGGCUCGCGGUGGAAGUUCCGGAUCUGAUCGGUAGGGGGCUCGUGCUCCACAAGGAGAUGCAGCGCGACGAGGCGGCGGAGUGACGUCACGCAUGACAACACGUUGAAAGACUUGUGAAUGGAAACGGAACCAAAACACGGAGAGUGACGUCAUGCUAAUGUCGUGAUGGAAGCGGCGUCGGUCGUCACCGUGAGGAGCUGAGCAGUGCUGUUAAUAAAGUUUAUUUAAAUGGACUGAAACACUGACACUGUUCGGAACAUGUCCACAGAAGUUAUUUUUAUGAUUAAAGUGACUUUGGGUUUAUAUCACAUUAAAAUCUUGUGAUAACAUGUC